AAGCUGAAAAACUCCAAAAGAAGGGACUGAGCAGUGAAAGAGAAGUCAGAAAGAGGUGCAUUUGCAGAAUUUUGAUUCCAUUUUUACUGUCCAUUUCCUCUCUCUCUCUCUCACCUCGUGACAUCCGUCCUUCUCCACUUCUCCCCAAUCAUCAACUAUUUCUCUCCAUCCAUAUAUUACUACUAUUGCUAUUUGUGGCUUCUCGAGUACGGUUGUUGUUUUUCUUCAGUUGAACUUGCUGCUGUAAUUUGGAUCGGCCGGAAUAAAAUUGUGUAAUCAUCAGGUGAUGAAUCAGUUUGAAAUGGAUCGAGUUGAUCAGAAGUUGUUGUGAUUGAUUUAGAUAUGUUGUGUAAUUUUUUUAUCAACAGCAUUUUUCCUCAGUUGAACGAGCUGUUGUAAUUUGGAUCGGCUGGAAUUGAAUAUGAUUACGCACGAGCAAGAUCCAGAUGUCGUUCGGUGGGGUCUUCAGUUGUUUGAUAGUGAUCCUUACUCUAACUGCGCAUAUAGUGGUGCCAUGCCCCAAAACAGCUUAGAUUACUAUCAGGACCAUUACUUCAAAGGUGAUCAUUUUAGUACAGAAUCUGGCAAUGAGGAAAAUCACAAUUUCAAUGCACAGCGUCUCCAGGAAGAACUGUCUCAGCUUUCAGUCGCUGAACCACCUUCAAUUCUCCAUCAAAUGGAAGAACAUACACAAGCACAUUUUUAUCCACAAGACUGGUUUGGUCAACCUAUAGGAAACUACAAUAUUGGAGAAGAGAACUGUGAUGAAGAAGAAACUAAUGAUGGAGCUUCCACUUCAUGCUCUAGCCCAGGAGAAGAGUCAUAUACAGGGGAGGACUGGUCAUAUUCACUUGAAUUGACAGAUGAAUAUGAUCUUGAUGGUGAAGUAGGGAAACGAUUGAACCAGAUGAUUCCAAUUCCUCACAUUCCUAGAAUCAAUGGAGAAAUACCAUCAAUUGAUGAGGCAACCUUAGAUCAUCAAAGACUUCUUGACCGAUUACAGGUUUAUGAACUAGUGGAAUUUAAAGUUCAAGGUGAUGGGAAUUGUCAGUUUCGUGCUUUGUCAGAUCAAUUUUACCGCACCCCUGAGCAUCACAAAUUUGUCAGACAGCAAGUUGUAAAUCAGCUCAAGUCAUGCCCAGAGAUAUAUGACGGAUAUGUUCCCAUGGCCUAUCAUGAUUACCUGAACAAGAUGUCAAAGGACGGCGAGUGGGGUGAUCAUGUAACUCUACAAGCAGCUUCUGAUUCGUAUGGUGUAAAAAUAUUGGUCAUAACAUCUUUCCGAGAUACCUGCUACAUUGAGAUACUUCCCACCAUUCAAAAGUCUGAACGAGUUAUCUUCUUGAGCUUUUGGGCCGAGGUUCACUACAACUCAAUAUAUCCUGUACGAGAUAUCACAGCCGUUGAGAUGAAAAAGAAGUACUUAGCCAUUUCAAAUGAGCAAUUGGAAUCUCAAGAUGGUUACCAAUGAUAGACUGCAGCUAAUACAUUAUGGUUGGCACAACACUUUUGCAAAUUACCGAUAACCAGCUCAGGUGCAAGCCAUUUUUUUUCUUGACAUUCUUUCCCAAGAGCAAUAUUUGGUUUGGGUUUUGAACUUGCACUAUUCAUCUUUGCUAAAUCCAGCAGCAAGUCUAACAUUAUUUUCCAUAUUCUUCUUUAAGUAUGUCUACCUUGAAUGCAUCUACAAAAUAAAAUACUUCAGGUGCAUAUUAUCUUCUCUUAACCUUUAAUAGUCAGAUGUAUAGGUGAAUAUCUGAUUUCUGGAAAUAUCAUUUUUAUCUCAUUGGUAAGAGUAA